AUGGCCGAGGAAGUUAGCCUCGCCAUUCCAGAGGAUUCUGGGUACUCUACGACAUCAACUCCAUGUGGCACCUCGGAGCUGAAGAAACACAGGAACAGAAGCACGGGAAAAAGGGUAUCACACAAGAAGUCAAGGACAGGCUGCAGAACUUGCAAAGGAAGGAAAGUGAAGUUGCAGUGCGAAUAUCCGACAGGUCCGCCAGAUCAAGAACCCAGUCUAGCGCAGAGCCCAUCUACAACAUUUUAUGGCGGCGACCUAGAUUUCUUGCAACUCGAGCUUCUUCACACUUAUUCAACCUUCACCUAUACCACGCUCUCAUGGUCGCCAGCACUCAGAGACUUUUGGAGGGUCACUGUCCCAAGCCUGUCACUUAAGCAUACCUACUUGAUGCGGUCUCUUCUCGCAAUCCCAGCCCUUCAUAUGGCUCAGACUAGACCGAAUGACCGCAGUCACUAUGUGUCAGCUGCCCUGGAAUAUCACCGGGUUUCCUCGGAAACUGCUAGACACAUGCUUGAGAGGUUCUCGGGUGACCACGAUGGUGUGCCUCUGUUCCUUUUCUCUGCAUUGAACGUCAUUAUUGUGCUGGCCACCCCGCAGAGAUCCUCAGAUGGGUCGAUAUUGGACGAAGAUGCCAGCUUCCACGACUUACUUGCUGUGCUCAAAGGAAUGAAUGGAAUUCUCAGACACUCUUGGGGCAGUCUUUCCGAUAGCCCUCUCGCCCCUUUGCUAAAUCAUGGGGCCGAAAGAUGGGUGUUCCAACAACAACUCAGCCAAACCGAGAUGGGCUAUCAAUCAACGGAUAGCUCCUUGGAUGAGCUAGCAGCUCGCCUGAACGCAGAGGUAGCGGACCUAAAUGAACUGUCAGUCUAUGCGAGGGUAAUCGACAUGCUGCGAGGUGCGACGCAAUGGGUCCACUUAUGGGAGGGUGCUGAUGCAUUGGUUUGGAUAUACAGAUCCUUGGAAGACUUCAUCCCACUACUUGAGCUUAGGACACAAGAGGCCCUCAGCGUGCUUGCCCAUUUUGCUGUGAUACUCAAGAGGUGCGAGAAUCAGUGGUGGCUACAGGGCUGGGCAGUUCAAAUUGUAUCAGGGGUGUAUCAGCAGCUGGAUUAUGACCACAAACAUUGGAUUUACAGGCCAGCAGCGGAAAUAGGCUGGAUAUUGCCUAAUUAUCGUGAAUAG